CCGAAGUCGACUAGUGAAGUGUUCAUGCGAUAGUAAGCAACCUGUUAUUCACGUUUCGUUGGUUUCGGAUUAUAAAUGUUAUGCUCAACCAUCAUCGCGGAUGUUUGUGAAGUCGGAGUGGACAAGUAGUCACAAGAUUUAUCCGUUUUUCUACUCAAGGAAUGUAUUUUCUUUUCUUAUUUUUAGCAACUAUAAGCUUUCCGUUUUUUCCUGCAGCGCUAUCCAAGUAGGCUAAACAAGCCGGCUUUUAGGCUAUUUCUCAUGUAACCUAGUUUUCUCGAUGCAGGAACAAGCCAAUCGUUUUUUUUGUUAUUUUCUUACGUCUUCCAGAGGAUUGUGAUUGUGGCAACAUUGUUCGCAAUGCAACGCUUUCUUCUGUAGCGUUCAUGUAACCGUGUCUUCGAGCUCAGCCCUACGGGUUUUGCUACUAGGAUAAGGGGACUAAAAAGUUACUUGUCAUAAAUGGAUCGCCAUUCCAGUUUCAUUUCCAUUUGGCUACAACUGGAACUGUGUGCCAUGGCUGUUCUUCUUACUAAAGGAGAAAUACGGUGUUACUGUGAUGCCCCCCACUGCGUGGCCACAGGCUACAUGUGCAAAUCGGAACUAAACGCCUGUUUCACCAAGGUGUUGGACCCUAUGAUCACGAACUCACCUCUCACGCACGGGUGUCUAGAUCCCAUAGCAAACGCUGCCGAUGUGUGCAGCACUAAGAACACAGAUGCCCUGAGUGGGGGCUUGUCCACGCUAGAGUGUUGUCAUGAUGACAUGUGUAACUACCGAGGACUGAACGACCUAGCGCACAGCAGAGAAUCUACAGACCACGGCAGGUACCAGCCUGAGCGCAACAACCAUAACCUGGUCACACGGGUACAGGAGCUGGCCUCAGCCAAAGAGGUGUGGUUCAGGGCGGCGGUGAUCGCGGUGCCCAUUGCGGGAGGCCUCAUCCUGGUCCUUCUCAUCAUGCUGGCGUUACGGAUGCUCCGCAGCGAGAACAAGCGGCUGCAGGACCAGAGGCAGCAGAUGCUGUCACGGCUCCACUACAGCUUCCAUGGCCACCACACUAAGAAGGGCCAAGUGGCAAAGCUAGACCUGGAGUGUAUGGUGCCUGUGACGGGCCACGAGAACUGCUGCCUCACUUGUGACAAGAUGAGACAGGCAGACCUGGGGAAUGACAAGAUACUGUCUCUGGUACACUGGGGGAUGUACAGUGGGCACGGGAAGCUGGAGUUCGUAUGACUUACUUUUCUAAAAUCGUUUGACUUGACUUUAUGUCCCACCACACCCUACCCCACCCGCCCCAGAAAACAGCCAAGACUGCCUCCCCUACUCGUUGGGGUUUCUCUUUUAACUUAAAAAAUGAAUCCACAUUUUUGUCCAUUGUACUUAUCUGUUUUUUUCAAUGGAAGAAAAAAAGAGGACUGAAUUGAACGCAAGCCUUGUGGUUUUUGCUAAAGGAGCACUUUACUUGAAAAUGAAAGGCAAACCAACGAGGAGCUGUAUUUAAACUUGAGAGGGCAGGACUGACCUGACGGACUGAGAGAGCUCUGUCAAGACCCUGUCUGCCUGUGCAUCCUGGACUUUACACUGACCGCUGAAGGAUUCCAAAUCUGUCUUAUUUGCACAUUUGUAAAAAAUAAAAAAUAAAAAAUGGUUUUGCUUAAAAAGAAACUAAAUAGAAGAAGAAUUUUACACUGACACCAGGGUACAAAAAAAAUAUUUUUGAGGAGUAUAGGUGACUGUAGGUGUGCACACUCCUCUGUAUGUUUCUUGAUCCAAGCUUAUUGUAAAGAUUUAAAAUAUAUAUAUUUUUGUCUGAAAGAAAGACCCUGUCCUGUGUGUUCUUCCUUGCUGUGUGUGUGUGUGUGUGUGUGUGUGUGAGAGAGUGAGAGAGAGAGGAGAGCUGUGGCUCAUGUCAGAGAGGGCUUUUUUCUAGCUGUUUCUUUCUGGGUGUGUGUGUACAGUAGUGUGUGUGUGAGGAUGUGUGGCGAGUGAGAGGCACGGCCUACACACGCUGCCUCGGUGGUGUGUAUUGGACCAGGCAGAGUGUGUAGGCCAUGCCGUGUGUCUGUGUGUGUGUAUAGGACUGACUUCAUAGUGAGGCCUUGUUUCACAGUAGUGCUCCACAUCUGACUCAGUCAUUCUUGAACUUCCUCCAAAGGUUAAGAUCUCAGCUUCAAACACAUUUUGUUUCUUUCAUUGCACAUGCUGGAUUUCUCCUGGAAGUAGUGUGGAUAUUUAUUUUAUACUCAGUCUAAGGCCAGUAUACGCCCUCCCCAUUCAGCUUCUCUGGAUGUGUUUCAGCCAACACACUAACCCUCCUGUAUCCCACCUGGUGUUGAUGAAGAGGGCUCUUUUCCCUGCCAAGCGACUAGGCUAGCGAUUAUGCCACAUUUACCACUCUUAUUACACCCCUUAGAAAUAGAUCUCAAGUCUGACGGUGGGGUUUGCUUUAUUAAGAGAGUUAUUGAUGAGCUAUUAAGAUAGUUAAUAUGGAACCUACAGAGUUAUGGGUUUAAUCAUGUGAAGCCUAUAUUUCUUAUUGUUGUUGUGUUGAAAACCCCAUCACUUAUUUUCCCAGUAUGUGUUCCUCUCCCGUCUAUUUGGUCGGCCUUCUACUUUAUUACAUAGGAAUACUUCUCUGAUGACACUUCACAUUCCAUGUGUCUAAUUGUAUUGCAUAGCCUGGUCACAGUGAUACACAUAAAAAGAUAUUGCACGAUGAACUUUAACAAGCUACUUUUCAUUUUUGAGGUAAAAAAAAACAUUUUGAAAUGGUCAAAGAUUUCUGUGAGAAUUGUGAGAAUUCAUGUAACAGCUGGUGGACUGACCGCGAUAAAUAAUGUGGAAGAAUCAAUAAUGGCAGUGCAGCAUUCUGUGUCCUUAUACUGACAUUUAUUUUUGUCGACACUUGGCCAUGAUAGUUAACAUAGCAGCCUAAAAGUUAGGCUUACAAAGGAACAUAAGUUUUGGGAACCAAGGUUCAAAAGUUCAAAUGGAACUGUUUCCCCCUCUCCUUGGUAACCAUGACAGAGAGAGAGGGACAGUAAGUAGUUACUUUUAGGUCCACCUGCCUGAAUGUGUGUGUGUGGGUCAGUUCCAGACUGACCUCUUGUUUUUCUCCAUUAGGCCUUAAGGAAAACACUAUUACCAGGCUAUCCACUAAACAGCAGUCUGCAUUAGCCUGGCCUCAGCCCACGCAGGCAUUUAGCCUCCCCCAGGACUAUUACCCUGGAAUAAUAACAAGAACCUCUGCUUUGGAGAGCUAAUGUGCCCCAUGUUUUCUUUACAUGUGCUGUCGUUCUGCUCGCUCCCAUCACCUGCUGAUACCAGACGGACAGGGAUGUCUGAGGGCGGAGGGAGGGAUGAACACGUAGGAGCAUAUGAACACACACAGUAUGCACUCACUCACGCAAGCUCACACACACACUCAGGGAGACUAGUAGGGCCUCUUCAUGCCACAUACAGACCGGAUGCACUGACACAGUGGCUCUACAAUAAAAGUAUUCUCAGCCCCAUAAGGAUAGGCUGCCAUUUUGCUGUGCGGCAAGUGGUCAGGCUGUUUGUAUUGACAUGCAAAUGUGAUGAGGUGGUCGACGGGCUUCCUUCAAAAGCCCAGUUUGUUUUGAAGUGACUUCAAACUGCCCCCUUUCUAACUUGCCAGUUAAUUGUUAUUGAUGUAUGUUCUGGUUGUGUCGGGCCCUGGUCAAAAGUAGUGCACUAUGUAGGGAAUAGGGUGACAUUUGGGGGACACACUCUCUCUCGCGUAGACUUGUCAAGAAUCAUAGGCUCAUCUACUCUAUGUUUUAGCACUAGCAGCUAUGAGGGUCAGAUAUACAGCCUUUAUUGGUAUGUGACAUUUUUCAAACCUCAUAGCGGGGAAGGUUAACUACCGUGAUUUAAAUCAGAGGUGGUUUUUAUUUUUUUCUCCCCACCUGACUGACAAUAAAACAUUCAUGCAGUC